AGAGAGAGAGAGAGAGAGAGAGAGAGAGAGAGAGAGGGAGAGCUUGAGAUUCCAGCAAUGGCUUCAAUGGCGUCACCAAUUACCUAUUACUACAAUCGCAAGAACUACAACAAACGUUACAAUGGCUCUCCCAUUCCCCGCAUCAUUCUAUCUCAAGAGCUCCAAAACAACAAAUCCACCGACCAAGUGAGUCGCAGGGAAAUAAUACUGAGGAGCAGCGAAUUUGCAGUGAUUGGGGCUAUCUUCAACUUCAGUGGGAAAAAACCAGAUUACUUGGGUGUACAGAAGAACCCUCCAGGUCUAGCGCUGUGUCCUGCCACCAAGAAUUGUGUAUCAACUUCUGAGAAUAUAAGCGACCUCACCCACUAUGCACCACCUUGGAAUUACAGCCCUGAAGGGAGGAAAAAACCUGUAAGCAGAGAAGUGGCAAUGGAGGAGCUUCUUCAAGUGAUAAAAUCAACAAAACCCGACAAGUUCAUACCCCGGAUAGUAGAUAAGAAAGAUGAUUAUGUGCGUGUGGAAUACGAAAGUCCUAUCUUGGGGUUUGUGGAUGAUGUUGAGUUUUGGUUCCCACCGGACAAGAAACCAAUUGUAGAAUAUCGAUCAGCAUCUCGUUCGGGGAACUUUGAUUUUGAUGUCAAUAGAAAGAGAAUUAAGGCAUUGAGGUUGGAGUUGGAGAAGAAAGGAUGGGCUUCAGAAGAUAGCUUUUAAGCUUGCUGAAGCUCUCUACCCAAAGACCAAGACUAAACAACCAAGAGAGACGGAUUGAAAGGUGGGAGAGAUACGGCUGACAUCCAUUUAGAUGAAUAUUGGAUUUCUUAUAAAAUUUACGUUUAAAUUUCAAAGCUGUACUAAAUAUCAAUUCAAUAGUAAAAGAAUGUAAUUGCUACAGAAAGCUUUGAAAACCAAAGGUCCAAAGGCACUGUUUUGAAAAUUAGAAAGUACCCAACACACAUAACUUCCACC